AUGGAAUUCACUUUGGUAGGUAAGGAUUCUAUUUUUUUUAUUGUUUUAGGCAUCAAACCACUACGCAAAUUAUGGCUGCUCAGGAGUCUUGACCGUUCGUUCCGACGGCUUUCACGCGUUUUCGGUGUAAUUCAUCUAGGUAAGAAAGUGCUUAAAUUUCAUUAUGUUAUUUUAGACAUCAAACGAAUGGCUCUGGCUGCGCAAAUACUGGCUUUUCGACCCGUUUCUCAAAAGGAAUCUGCUCAUCGUGGAAGUGGAUGGCUCGAUUAG